AUGGAGAACGCAUCUACUCAGGGCAAGACGAGGUUGGAUCAGAUGCCACCGGAGAUCAUCUUGAUGAUUUUCAAAAUCAUACAACCCCGAGACAUUCUAGCCUUGAAUCUCACCAGCACUACAUUCCGCAAUUCUUUUCUCGCGCAUGAAUGCAUCAUCAUCGGCGAAUUGGUUGCCUCAAUUCGACGUAUGCUACCCGAUGACUUGCUUCACCUUGCCAUGGUCGCCGUCUACCUCCGAUUCAUGAACGCCAAAGUCGACUAUACCGCAAACGACAUCAACCCAACGGAGCAUUCCGAGCGCCUGAUUGAUUACGUCGAACGCUCUUUCGAUGACCCAGUAACGAGAUGGCCGCAACAGCAGCUUCACCCGGUGGACGUGGUGGCAAUCGGAGAGCUAGUCAACGAAGCCGAGUUGAUAGGCGUUGCAAGAGAAGACCGUCUAAUGGAAGGCAAUGAUGUUGACUUUGUGUUUCCGUGGAAGCUUAGAAACCCAACCGCCCUCAGUGUGGCCCGCGACAAGCUUCCGAUCUUGAUCUUUGAGAUCUGUUGCCAAUGCGUCCUUCGUCAUGGCGAGGUUCUUGACACGGCAGGGGAGACGCGUUUGCUCGAUAGAGUUGCGCGAGUUGUCCGCGACGGUGUCGCAAAGCUAUGGGGCAGCGAUAGACGUAUCGAGGCCGUGUGGGCGCAAGAUAGUGGCCUGAUCAUGAGACCGGGGGCUUAUCUCCGGUCUCUUGAGAGUUUGCUUUGCAGGGCUCUCGCACCUCGUCUCAGGCACGCUGUGCGUAAGGUGAUCGAAGUUCAAGCCAUUGAUAAUGGACCGUAUGCGCUGUGGCCAGAAAGUGUCAGAUUUUUGAGUGAGUCUUUGUCAUUGCCAAGCGUGCAAGCUUCCCUCGAGAGUCCCGCGGUAUUGUCACGCUCAGCAGCCCUUAUGCAAAGAGGCCUGUACCAUGACGGGAGAUUAGGACCGUUGGAUUUCCGAGAACGUGCCUGGCUCCAGGAUCUAAGCCCGAGUUUGAGCAUUGGUGAUUUUGAGAGGAUGCCUUUAUCAGUAGUCAACAAGCUGGCCAAGGUAGGCCUUCUCCAGUCAGCUCAAGUUGUUGCCUGA